AUGGUGGGGAACAAUUUCACGGAGGUGAUUUUCUUCAUCCUCUCUGGAUUUGCAAAUCACCCUGAACUACAAUUCAGCCUUUUCUGGAUGUUUCUUUAUCUCUUCACUGUUUUGGGGAACAUUGGACUAAUUAUGUUAAUCUGAAUUGACUCUCAACUUCACACAUCUAUGUACUUUUUCCUUAGUAAUUUAGCAUUAAUUGACAUAUUUUAUUCCUCUACUGUAACAACCAAAGCACUGGUAAAUUUCCAGUCAAAUCAGAAAACCAUCUUUUUUGUUGGCUGCUUUGUUCAAAUGUCCUUUUUUGUGGGCUUGGUGUGUAGUGAGUAUUUUCUUCUGGGAUCAACCGAUGACCGCUAUGAAGCUAUCUGCAAACCCUUAUUGGUUUCAGUGGUCAUGUCCCAGAAAGUGUGCAACUGGCUGGGAGUCAUGCCAUAUACAAUAGGCUUCACCAAUUUUCUGAUAUCAAUCUGUGUGAUCAGCAGUUUGGCAUUCUGUGAUGCCAGCAUCAGUCACUUUUUCUGUGACACCACAGCUCUUUUGGCGCUAUCCUGCGUGCAUGCAUUCAGCACAGAAAUGGCGAUCUUUGUUUUAGCCGGGUUCACCCUGCUUAGUUCUCUCUUCCUCAUCAUAGUCACCUACAUUGCCAUCAUCUCAGCCAUCCUGAAGCUCCAGUCUGCAGCAGGCAGACAGAAAGCCUUUUCCACCUGUGCAUCCCAUCUUAUGGGGGUGACCAUCUUCUCUGUGUCCCUGAUUUUCACAUAUUUGCAGCCGGAUAACACACCAUCCUGGACCCAGGCACAGGUGACAUCUGUAUUUUCUACCAUUGUCAGAACGCUGAAUCCAUUCAUCUAUAGUUUGAGGAACAAAGACGUAAAAAAUGCUCUCCUGAGAGUCAUACACAGAAAACUAUUUCCAUGA